AUUUCGAAAAUCCCAGAGAAAACAUGUCUCUCGCCGACCCAGUCUCGUUCGCCAAGGUAUUCAUCGCCGGUGGUGUGUCCGCUGCCAUCUCGGAGACGGCCGUGGCGCCGAUGGAGCGAGUCAAGCUGCUCUUGCAAGUGCAGCAUGCGUCCAAGCAGAUCGCGGCGGACAAGCAGUAUAAGGGCGUCAUCGACUGCUUCGUUCGCAUCCGUAAGGAGCAGGGUUUUAUCAGCUUCUGGCGCGGAAACAUGGCCAACGUGAUCCGUUGCUUCCCAACCCAGGCGCUCAACUUUGCCUUCAAGGACAAGUACAAGCAGAUCUUUCUUGGCGGCGUGGAUACGAAGACGCAAUUCUGGCGCUACUUCGCCGGUAACUUGGCAUCGGGUGGUGCUGCUGGAGCCACCUCCCUUUGCUUCGUCUACCCUCUUGACUUCGCACGUACCCGGUUGGCCGCUGACAUCGGCAAGGGUGGCGCCCGCGAGUUCAACGGCUUGGGCGACUGCCUGGCCAAGGUCUUCAAGUCCGAUGGCAUGGGUGGUCUCUACAAAGGCUUUGGCGUGUCGCUGCAAGGCAUCAUCAUCAACCGGGCGGCCUACUUCGGUUUCUUCGACACAGCCAAGGGCAUGCUCCCAGACCCCAAGAACACUCCCUUCCUCGUCUCGUGGGCUAUUGCUCAGGUUGUGACAACGGUUGCGGGUUUUGCUUCUUAUCCAUUUGACACAGUGCGUCGUCGCAUGAUGAUGCAGUCUGGCCGCGCCAAGAGCGACAUCAUGUACAAGAGCACGAUGCACUGCUGGUCGACGAUCGCCAAGAAGGAGGGCACCGGCGCCUUCUUCAAGGGUGCUUUCUCCAACGUUCUCAGAGGCACAGGCGGCGCUCUUGUGCUCGUCCUCAAUGACGAAAUCAAGAAGGUCCUUUAAGAUGAAGGGCACACCUAU